GCAUUCAUCAGGCAAAAUGGCUGUCGUCGAAGUCGUCUUCGAAUUUUUACUUCCGCUUUCGAUCAGAAAUUUGCGAUUUUAGGUCAAUUCAACAAAUUGUUUUCAGGAGAAAGGGGAUCUAGGUAUCUAAGAUACAAAUUAUUAAGCGUAUUUCAUAUUUCAAUAUUUAUAAACGUCUAGGAAAGUCCCUGACGACGUCUUUUCUCCGACAAGAAAAUACCGUGACUGCUGCUAGCAUUAUGACUGAGGGCCAAGAUGUAACCUGGCGCUCUCGUGUGAAAGCCAUCUUCGACGUGGUGUUCCGGGUUCCCUCCAUCUAUGUCAUGGACUCCAUCCUGAAGGACCAGCUCCCCAUCCCAUGGACCACUGAGUCACACAUCAUGUGGAGGAUCACAGGUUUUCUUGUUGCAGUUGGGGUCUUCGUGCUGACCCCAGAUGUACUUCUCCGAGUCUACUCUUUCAUUGGAGGAGUCCUAAUCGCUCUGAUUGUCUAUUGGUGGAACAGUUACUACAUCGCCCACUAUCUCCAACAGACAUCCUCAGACAAUGCCCAGACUAGUAUGAAUGUCUUGGAGGACCACAUGUUCGUCUAUGGGCUUGUAUUACUAGCAGUAAUGACUGUGUUGUAUACAUUCACACGAGGCUAUGCCCACGCUGUGGUAGGAAACUACAUCCUGAUUUCUUUUACGAUUCCCCAGGUUGCUGUGUUGACCAUGCCAAGAUGGGUGAUUGAAAUGUCGCUACAAGCAUCGCUUGUCAUGUCGUACGGAGAACUGGUCACCUGUGCUGUUGUGAAUGGGGUGUAUAUAAUCUAUCUGUCCAGAUUUUUAAUCCCGGUCGUGUUCCAGCUUAUAAGAACGUACGGGAUCCAAGCAUUCGUGGAGAGUACGUGGAUACGGCUACACAUACCGGACGUAUUGAGAGUGUUCUGGUUAACAAGAAUAGCCGCCCAAGCUGUUGCCUUAGUGUACUUUGUAGUGAUAGAAGAAAAUGAUGCCAGGGUGGUUUGGUAUUUACCGGAUAGUUCGGAGUGGUGGGAGAUUGUGAAGGACUUGAUGGUCAGUGGAUGUGACUCGAUGUUCACGAUAUCGGGGAUGAGCUCUGUCAUAGCUAUCAUCAUGCACAACGUAGGGCUACUGUUGCAGAAGUUUCUCAAUGUAGAAGACACGGAGGAGAAGAGGAUAGGGACAGUUUCGGCUGUCCUGUUCUUCAUCUUAGCCGUCCAGACGGGACUGACCGGUCUGGAGCGGAAGAAGCGGCUGGUACGCUUGGGUCGGAACAUGGGGCUCCUAACGACCGCGAUAUUUCACUUCAUACACAACAUGGUGCACCCGAGACUGAUGACGCUCAGCGCGCAACACACUAUAGACAUGAGAAGACACUACCCCCCACUCACCGUCAGUGCCUUCAUCUUCUUCGUCCCUUUCUACUUAAUCUACCUGUUGUGGAGUAACAGCAGCUUCAGCACGUGGCUGCUUGCGGUGACCGUGUUCACUGUGGAACUCCUGGUGAAAGUCCUCGCCACAUGGUUCCAGUACGCACUCCUCUUAAUCGACGCGAGACGAGAGCAGUACUGGGAGAAGCUUGACGACUACCUGUACUAUAUCAAGUCCACGGCGAACAGUAUAGAGUUCGUGUUCGGGAUAUUCCUCUUCUUGAACGGUAGCUACGUCUUCUUCUUCGAGUCUGGUGGGACGAUACGCGCCAUCAUGAUGUGCAUGCAUGCGUACUUCAACAUCUGGGUGCAAGGGAAGGAAGGGUGGAGGACGUUCAUGAUGAGAAGAACUGCAGUGAAGAAAAUCAACGCUCUGCCGGAAGCGACGACCGCAGAACUUACGCGGUUCAACGACGUGUGCGCGAUAUGUUACCAGGAGCUGACCAGUGCACGGAUCACCCCCUGUAAGCAUUAUUUCCACGCCAUGUGUCUGAGGAAGUGGUUGUACGUACAGGACCACUGCCCCAUGUGCCAUAGAAAGUUGUACCAAACAGACGAGCCACAGUCUUCUUCUGAAGAGGAAAAUCCAGAUGUGUUAGAUUUUGAUAUGGCAGAUGAUGACUAGCUAUUAGUAAGGGAUAGAAAAUACCUUUUAUGUGUAAAGUUAUUCUGUAAAUAGACAAAAAUAUUGUUCACUCAAAGAAAAGGAUGUCAAUAUUUUGCAAUCAGCUGUUAAAAAAUUUGCCAAAAUGACCCAUAUUUUGAAAUAUUGUAAAUGUCCCAGCAAAUUGUUAGGGUAAAAAUGUUGUGGCCUGAAUUUUCAAUAGCAAGUUUAACUUCAUGACUCUUAAAUGUGCAGACAUUUUUUUUUUCCUUUGUAAGACCACACCAAUCUAAUUUGUUGUGUCUCGGA